AUGGAGGGACUUAUGGCAGAAGGGACCAAUCUAGUCUUUCACAAUAACGUGAUAGGUGGAACUGCCAUUAAACGACUUAUUAGCAGAUUAAUAGAUCAUUUCGGAAUGGCAUAUGCAUCACACAUCCUGGAUCAAGUAAAGACUCUAGGAUUCCAUCAAGCUACUGCUACAUCUAUUUCAUUAGGAAUUGAUGAUCUUUUAACAAUACCUUCUAAAGGAUGGCUAGUCCAAGAUGCUGAACAACAAAGUUCCGUUUUGGAAAAACAUAAUCAUUAUGGGAAUGUCCAUGCGGUAGAAAAGUUACGCCAAUCCAUUGAAAUAUGGUAUGCUACAAGCGAAUAUUUGCGACAACAAAUGACUCCCAAUUUUAGGAUGACUGACCCCUUUAAUCCAGUCCAUAUAAUGUCUUUUUCAGGAGCUAGAGGAAAUGCAUCUCAAGUACACCAAUUAGUCGGAAUGAGAGGAUUAAUGUCAGAUCCACAAGGACAAAUGAUUGAUUUACCCAUUCAAAGCAAUUUUCGUGAAGGACUGUCUUUAACAGAAUAUAUAAUUUCUUGCUACAAAGCCCGUAAAGGGGUUGUAGAUACUGUUGUACGAACAUCAGAUGCUGGAUAUCUUACACGUCGACUUGUUGAAGUGGUUCAACACAUUGUUGUACGGCGAAUAGAUUGCGGUACCAUCCGUGGGAUUUCUGUAAACAUCCGAAAUGGAAUGAUGCCAGAAAGAAUUUUGAUACAAACAUUAAAUGGUCGUGUAGUAGCAGACAAUAUAUAUAUAGGUUCACGGUACAUUGUCGUUAGAAAUCAAGAUAUUGGAAUUGGACUUAUCAAUCGAUUCAUAACUUUUCAAACACAACCCAUAUUUAUUCGAACCCCCUUUACCUGUAGGAAUACGUCGUGGAUCUGCCGAUUGUGUUAUGGGCGAAGUCCUAUUCAUGGGGACCUGGUAGAAAUUGGAGAAGCUGUAGGCAUUAUUGUUGGUCAAUCUAUUGGAGAACCGGGAACUCAACUAACAUUAAGAACUUUUCAUACUGGUGGAGUAUUCACAGGGGGUACUGCUGAAUAUGUGCGAGCCCCCUCGAAUGGAAAGAUAAAAUGGAAUGAGGAUUUAGUUCACCCUACACGUACACGUCAUGGAUAUCCUGCUUUUAUAUGUAAUAUAGACUUGUAUGUAACUAUAGAAAGUUACGAUAUUAUACAUAACGUCAUUAUUCCACCAAAAAGUUUUCUAUUAGUUAAAAAUGAUCAAUAUGUAAAAUCAGAACAAGUGAUUGCGGAGAUCCUCGCGGGAACAUAUACUUUUAAUUUGAAAGAGAGGGUUUGA